AUGCUUGUCUCCGCGAUCCCAGAGCACCUGCAAUGCCCCCGCAGGCUCGCUGCUCAGACACCACCCGACUUCAACCCCCCUUUCCCGGCGUACAGUGCCGGUUUCCCCAAAGAGACAAAGGACCUUGUGUUUGCUGUCAUCGGUGCUCAAUACGCUCCUGCUGCCAGACCAGAUGGAGCUGCCAUCGCGCAGUUGACGCAGUUCACCACCUCCGAGGCCGUCGACGCCGAAGCCCGCCCUCGGUUCGCCGAGUGGGCGUCCGUGACCGAUAACAAAGGAUACUACAACGUUGCCCAUCUUGCGUACUGGCCCAGCAGAACGGCGUACGAGAAGUGGGCCCGCGAUUCGGGCUUCCAGCAAUGGUGGGACAAUCUUGACGUCGAAUCACAGAGCCACGGGUGGUUCCUCGAGAUCUUCUUCCCCACGAUCGACCGGUUCGAGACCGUCUUCUCCAACAACGAGGUCCCCGAGGGUGCGGCACAUAUGAGAGAGCGGGUGAUCGGUCCCAUCAGGGAGCACGUGUAUUGGGGGAGCAUGCGUGAUCGCAUGGCGGCCGCCCAGAACGAUGAGCUCGUGGGAGAGAAGAUCGAGCGGGCCAAUACGAACGGUGUCAAUGGGCACAGCACCGAGGCCACGGCGGAGGGACAAGAAACACAGACGCCGUGCAGAGUACGCGUUUCGGGCAAGCAGAACCUGGCCGUCAUCCGCUCCGGCCAAGACUGGUCCGGCACUCUGCCCGAGGAGCGGAAGCUGUACCAGGAGACGAUGCAUCCCGUGCUGAUCAGAGGCAUGGACUUCCUGCGGGAUCAAGGUAGCGAGGUCGGAUGUCACAGCUGUCGCUUCAUGGACCUCAUCGAUCCAGCGACGGGCAAGGCGGACAAGGACCGCACUUUUGGACUGGCCUUCUUCGACGAGCUCGGUUCGCUCGAGGGGUGGGCCAAGCAGCACCCGACGCACCUUGAGAUCUUUGGGGGGUUUCUGCAGUACGCCAAGAAGCUUGACAACAAUGUUUCCCUGAGGCUGUUCCACGAGGUCUUGGUGCUGAAGCCGGAGCAACAGCUUUUCGAGUAUGUAGGCUGUCAUCCAAAGACUGGCUUGCUGGCGAUUGUCUAG